CCAUUCUAGUAUUCCAUCAUGGAUUGAAUGUUUCACAAUCAAUUUAUCUGGCACUGCUGCGUAGCUGUCAGAUGAUUAGAUGUGUUGUUUUGGCGGAAAAUGCAUUAGCUGUACAAUUUACAUUACACUAUCAUUUUCUCUGUACUAUCUGUAUAUUAUUCAAAAUAAGACGAUUUUCCGUAAUUACGAGUUGUAAAUUCAAUUUAAGCUUAAGUAUCGAUUCUGUUACAUCUGGAAACUUAGUAAUUUUGCACCAGCAAUCAUGGGAAUUAAAGGACUCUCCCAACUUAUAGCUGAUGUGGCUCCAUUUGCUGUAAAAGAAGGAGAAAUCAAGAAUUUUUUUGGAAGGAAAGUAGCCAUUGACGCGUCAAUGUGUCUCUACCAAUUCCUUAUCGCCGUCCGUGCGGAAGGAGCUCAACUGACAUCAGUUGAUGGAGAAACUACAUCACACUUGAUGGGAACGUUCUAUCGCACCAUUCGUUUGUUAGAGAAUGGAAUUAAACCCGUAUAUGUUUUUGACGGUAAGCCCCCAGAUCUAAAAUCUGGAGAACUUAACAAGCGCGCUGAGAAGCGAGAGGAAGCUCAAAAAGCGUUGGAUAAAGCCACUGAAGCAGGAGAUACUGAGGAUAUUGAUAAGUUCAACAGACGCUUAGUAAAGGUCACAAAACAACAUUCUAACGAAGCCAAGGAACUGUUGAAACUAAUGGGAGUCCCUUACGUGGAUGCUCCAUGUGAAGCAGAAGCUCAAUGUGCUGCACUUGUGAAAGGUGGCAAGGUUUACGCUACAGCCACCGAAGAUAUGGACGCUCUAACGUUCGGUUCUUCUGUACUCCUACGUCACUUGACAUUCAGUGAGGCACGAAAAAUGCCAGUCCAAGAGUUCAAUUAUGAAAAACUACUCAAAGGAUUUGAACUAAAUCGCGACGAGUUUAUUGAUUUAUGUAUUUUACUUGGAUGUGAUUAUUGUGACAGUAUUCGAGGCAUUGGCCCUAAAAAAGCUAUUGAAUUAAUCAAUAAAUACAGGUCGAUUGAUGAAAUUCUCGAAAACAUCGAUACAAAAAAGUACAUCGUACCGGAGAAUUGGAACUAUCAACAGGCAAGACAAUUGUUCAAAGAACCAGACGUUGCUGAUCCCGGCAGUAUUGAGCUAAAAUGGGGCGAACCAGAUGAAGAGGGCCUGGUUAAAUUCCUAUGCGGUGAUCGUCAGUUCAACGAAGAUCGCAUCCGAGCUGGUGCAAAGAAGAUUCUCAAAACUAAAUCUACCGCCACCCAAGGUAGGCUUGAUUCGUUCUUCAAGGUCCUGCCAUCAACGCCGACGCAAAAACGUAAACCAGAUACUAAAAGCACGCCCGCGUCGAAGAAAGCCAAAACUACAGGAGGAAAACCAGGUCGUAAACCAAAGUGAACGAACAAUUAUUUACCAAUUGAUAUUGUGUUAAUUAUCUGAAUGUUUCAUACAAAUAAAUUCAAAGUCACGA